ACCGCUAGCCAGCCCCUCCAACGUCUUUGCGUAACGAGACACAAAGAACUCCAUUCAUUGAACCACCUCCUCGAGGCCCGCUCGUUUCCGGACUCGCCUAUUUUUCAUAGGUGGACAUGAAAUACGGCGACACCUUGCGUCAGCGUUCUAUACCGGAAUGGGGCCACUUCAACAUCGACUAUGAUUACCUGAAAGACCUCAUCAAGCACCAAACCACCGAGGGCACCGCUAAAGCAGUAUCGAUUCCCGGGCAGGGCGACACGACCGAGAAAGCCUUCGGCGAUACCUUCUACGACGUCCUCAAAGCCCAGCAUGAUCGCAUCAACCUGUUCAUACGAAGCAAGAGCGGAGAGAUUGAGCGCAGGCUGGAACACAUCAGCAGGAGCCUCGCGCAGCUGCAAGCCCGUCAACCACCUCCCGAGGGACGCGGUGGCCGGUUACCCGCCAGGAUAGUAGAGCGAUACGCAAAGAUCGACGCAGAUGUCACAAAGGCCGGCGAGGAAAUUCGGUCGCUCUCCCGCUUUCAAGUCGCACAACGAACGGGCUUUCGCAAAAUACUGAAGAAGUACAAGCGGUGGACGAGAGACAAUGAACUAGAACGCCAGUUCAAGGAACACGUCACCGACAGGCCCGACAGUUUCUACCAACUGGAUCUAGGAUAUCUCCUUGAUCAAUAUAUCGAUGUUCUUGGCGCCCUUCGUGCACCCUUUGACGCUACGGGUGCUCCUCCGUCAGACAGCUCCAAGCCGACCUCACGAAUCUCCGAUAUCCUGCAGAACGGCGCCGAAGUUGAUCUUGAUCUUGCACUUUCUCUUACCCCCUUGGGUCCGCGAGGCAGCAAAGCCACAUAUUGGAUACAUCCGGAAAAUAUUGUUGAGGUUGAAGUCCUCCUCCUCCAGCAUAUGCGCCUCGCCACCGCAUCCAACGCAACCUCUCCGUCAACACAGAGGGAAUCUCCUUAUGCGACACCUCUCCGCCGUAAAUCUUCCGCGACCGUGGAUAAAUAUUUUGGCAACGAAGAUAAUGUUGGCCUGCUCGUUCUUGAUGAUCCAGAAUCGUAUGCCAUAAAGCAGAAUGCAAGCACGAUAGGAACUGGCGAAGAGUCGCCGGGUACUCUACAAGCCAAAGCGGCGGGCAACGCCCGGUGGACAUCAUCUGGCGAGGCGGCUGUUGUCGUUGGCCUUGAAUCUGCCCAUGACCCACAAGCGUCCGUAGAUAUACGGACGGUUAAGCUGAAAAGAAAGCACCUUGAGACCUUCCUCAGCACAUCAAAAUCUUUCGGCAACAUCUCCGAAUCCGCGCUUCCUAAACGGGAGUCUGGAGAGAGGGAUGAUGUUACCGCUGUCCAACAAUGGCUUAUCGAGCACAAGGACAAGAGACCUAUUGCUGGCGCAUGUUCCAAACGCACUCGGUUUGUGGGUCUUCACAAUAACGCCGAAGGAGGUAUGUGGGCUAUUUUGGAUCGGGACAUCUUCAUGAACGAUAUUCUGCACGAGUAUUUGGGCAACGACGAGUGGUCAUCCGAGGCUCGUACUAGUUCCAUAGGAUUUCCCCAUGCCGUUCUUGAAGUCCGCCGGGAGGGAAGUCAUUCGUCUGCAUUGAUCCAGACUCUCGACCGCAGUCAUCUUGUUGAACGUGUGCGCGGAUUCUCCUUGGAAGCGCACGCGGUAUGGACAUGUUGCAAACCUGAUGCAAUGGCCGCACCUUUUUGGAUAUCAUUGCUGGACAAAGACAUUCGAAAACUUCCUGCACUGUUGAAGCGUCAGCGCCGAAAGGCCACCAGUACUGCUGGCUCUCUAUCUCAUACCUCCCCUCCACAGACCUCAACGUCCGCAACUUCGCCUACGGAUGGCCAGUCGAGUCCUUCUACCCUCCGAAAUAGAGAGUCGUCCGCAACAUCUGCACCGGAGUUUGUAGAUCCCCCGUCUCUACAAGCAUUUCGCAAGAAGAGGAGGUCGCACGUGGGACAGCGUCCCGCAGUUCAAGCCGAGGCCGCGAGUGAUAGAGAAGGAUAUUGGAACGAGUAUGACAAUCCCGAAUCGGAAGACGAAGGCUACUACAUUUACGUGGACCCAAACGCAUCCCUGAAAUUUCCUGGCCAAGAAUUCCUCGAGACGUGGACAUCCAAGACUAGGAAGCUUUUUGGUAUACGAGAAGCGCCUGAAGAGUCACCGCUUCUAUCCACAGCUGAGGGAAGCAGCGACGAUGAUGAGACCGCAGACGAAUCCGUGGUCGCACCAAAGACUUACGGAACAAUGGCCUCCAGACGCCACGCCCCGCACGAAGGCUACUUCAGCGGCAUUUUCCGCUCUCUUCGAGAUCCACAUCGCGACGUCGAGGCUCUGAAUAGUAUCAGACGCCGAUCAGCACAAGAGCGCCGCACUCUCCUGAGCGAAAUUCGCAUCCGACAGCACAAGACUGAAAUGACUAAGCUCCGCUUCUAUUCCACCUGUCUCGUUAUGGCCGCCGUGCUCGAUGCCAUCUUGGGCACGAUGACGAUGACGAGCCGCAAAAAGGAGCGUGGCGUCGUCGAUUCUGUGGUUCUGUUUGGCACCAUUUGCAAUUUGUUGCUCUGUGUUAUUGCGAUUAUCAGUAUGAAGACGAGGCGCGAAAGGUUGGGCUGGCUCCACCAGGGCGUGGUGCUGUUGGUUGUUUGUGGGAAUGUCGUUGUGGAUGUGCUGUUGCUGCGAUGGGCCUUAGCUGGUCUCUGAUGUGCUGUCGGAUAGGAGCAUCGGUCUCUGCUUUCGGUCUCUGCUAUUAAGAUCUUUUGGGAA